UGUGUGUGUGUGUGUGUGAGGGAGACAUCUGGAGGUUGUGAAGUUCUCGUCAGACUGCUGCUGUUGCUAUGGGACGAGCUGCUGUGUGUGGACGGGAACAUUCGUGCAAGUUUGUCUGAGGUCCGCCGCAAGACUGCUGCUGCCGCUGCUCCUGGAACCCUGAGCGGCGAGCAUGGCCUUUCCCAAGCAUUCCAUCCUGAAGAUACCCUGUGUUCUGCUGGUGCUGGCCGGACUUCUGGUCCUGGCCCAGAUCCCGGCAAGAGCGCAGGGGGAGAAGCCAAUUCGGCCGCCCGUUAUCGCCGUGGCCGAAUCAGAACCCGGCGAAUGCCCGGCGGACUGCAGCUGCACGACCGAGGGGGCGGUGGACUGCGCCGGAGUGGACCUCACCGAGUUCCCCGCGGGGCUGCCUGCCACCACCCGCCAGCUGGCGCUACAGAACAACAAAAUUGAGGAGAUACGGGUGGAGCACCUGUCACACCUGCAUCGGCUCGAGACACUCAACCUGCAGAACAACUGGCUCACUACAGACGGCUUGGAAGAUGAAGGUUUUGAGAUGUUAGAAGAACUGGCGUAUUUGUACCUGGCCAACAAUCAGCUCACCUCUGCACCUAAAGCCUUGUCGCCCUCAUUGGUCAGUGCUGACUUUGCGGCCAACCAACUCACCAAGAUCUUCCCAUACACGUUUGGCUAUAAGCCACACCUGAAGUCCGUCUAUCUCCACAACAACAAGUUGACAGAUGGCGGGCUUCCCGAUCACAUGUUCAAUGCUUCUGACAACCUGGAGAUUCUCACCAUGUCCAGCAACUUCUUGCGUACCGUGCCCAAGAAUCUGCCCCCCAGCCUGUACCGUCUUCACCUGAAGAGCAACAAGCUGGAGAAAAUCCCAGCUGGAGCCUUCGACAGCUUGCAGAACCUACGAGAACUUUACCUGCAGAACAAUUUCCUGAGCAACGAGGGCAUGGACAACGAGACCUUUAGCCAACUGAACAGCCUGGAGUGCUUGGACUUGUCCAACAACAACCUGAGCGUGGUGCCCAAAGGUCUGCCUCGCAACCUGGUGCUGCUGCACCUGGAGAAGAACUCCAUCCGCAGCAUCCCCGCAGAUGCGCUCAGUUCCGUACGCAACCUGGAGUAUCUUCUGCUGCACAACAACAAGUUGCGUUCACGCUUCAUCCACCCAGCCGCCUUCCAGGGCCUGAAGAAGCUGCACACGCUUCACAUGUACAACAACCAGUUGGAGCGUGUUCCCCGAGGUCUCCCUCGGCGGGCCAAGACCCUCAUGCUGCUCCACAACUCCAUCUCAGAAAUCAGCCGCAACGACCUGGCGGUGCUCUACACGCUGACCGAGCUCAACCUCAGCUACAAUCAGCUGAGCAACUCCAAGCUGCACCGCGACGCCUUCCGCAAGCUGCGGCUGCUGGAGACGCUGCACCUGUCGGGCAACGUGCUCCACUCGCUGCCCAUUGGCCUCCCUCGCAGCCUGAAGGUGUUGGAGGUGAAGAACAACCAGCUGACCUCCAUACCGGACGGAGCGCUGACGGGCAUGGACAAGCUGCAGAAGCUCAUCCUUAGCGAGAACCAGCUCAGGCUCAACUCGGUCUACCAGGGGGCCUGGAUGGAACUCAGUGCGCUCACAACGUUGGACCUUUCCAGCAACCUGCUGUCGCACAUCCCGUCUGACUUGCCCGAGUCGUUGGAGUACCUUUACCUGCAGAGGAACCGCAUCUCCAGCAUUCCCGUUUCUGCCUUUGAAGGCACCCCCAACAUCAAAGGAAUAUACUUGCGGUUCAACCGUCUGUCGGCGAUAGACGAGAGCACGCUGGCUCAUCUCACCCAGCUCCAUGUACUUGACAUCGGUGGCGGCAGCGGCAGAGACGAGGACAAGGAGGAGGACGAGGAGUCCAAGUGACCUUGGAAGACUGAAGCGUUCCUGAGACAUUCCUGGUGCAGGAUACCGGAUGAGAGUUAGCUUGGGCAGUCCAUGUAGAAACGGAUGAACUGUAUAUCACAUACGAUGCGUUUGCUUUUGUCCGGCAGCGUAUUAAACAACAAGGCAUCCUACCACC